CCUUUCUCUCCUCCACUAGAUCCUGAAAACAUGGGUUACAAGACUGCUGUCCUCCUGGCCCUGCUUCCCCAGCUGCUGUCUGCCAGCGUUGUCUGUAGCUUCUCCAUGGCAGCCAGCAAUGGUGACACUUGCCAGUCCUUCGCUUCGACCUGGGGUCAGACCGUCGAGAGCUUUGAAGAGUUGAACCCUGGUGUCUCCUGUCCCAAUCUCACGCCCGGUCAGAGCUACUGUGUUAUUGGCACCGUCUCGAACGACCCAGAGCCCACGACGACGUCUACGACACUGAAGACCACGACGUCCACAACCACCGCGUCCCCGUCCCCGUACCAGCCCACCCAACCAGGUCUGGUAGCCAACUGUGACACGUUCCAUCUCGUCGCGUCCGGUGAUCAGUGCGAUACCAUCGAGGCCAAGUACAGCAUUACCGACGCCCAAUUCAAGGCCUGGAACCCAAGCAUCAACGCCCAAUGCACCAACCUCUGGCUGGAGGACUACGUUUGCGUGCACGUCCCGGGCGCCACGACAACCCCAGCUCCCCAGCCCACGCCGACUGGUCCGGAGCCCCAGAUGCCCGGCAUAGUGAGCAACUGCGCCAAGUUCUACCAGGUCAAGUCGGGCGACAGCUGUUGGUCGAUUGACAAAGCUGCGGGCAUCACUCUUGCUCAGUUCCGCUCAUGGAACACGCAGAUAGAUGAGAGCUGCACCAAUUUGUGGGUGGAUUAUUACGUCUGCAUUGGCGUCUAA